AGACCCUGUAGCUUGCGCUGGCGCGGCGGGUUCCGGGACCGAUGGCGGCAGUGGACCUGGUCGCCGAGUUCCCCCAGCCCGCAGGUGCUGCGCGCUGGGCCGAGGUGAUGGCUCGGUUCGCCGCCGGGCUGGGCGCGCAGGGCCGACGGGUAGUGUUGGUCACGUCCGGCGGCACCAAGGUUCCCCUGGAAGCCCGGCCUGUGCGCUUCCUGGACAACUUCAGCAGCGGGCGGCGCGGUGCUACCUCGGCCGAAGCCUUCCUGGCCGCGGGCUACGGGGUCCUGUUUCUGUACCGUGCUCGCUCUGCCUUCCCCUUUGCUCACCGCUUCCCGCCCCAGACCUGGCUGUCGGCUCUGCGGCCCUCCAGCCGUGCGGCUUCGGGCUUGCUGAGCUUGGAGGCGGAGGAGAAGGCACUCCCGGGCUUCGCCGCGGCUCUGCGGAGCUACCAGGAGGCUGAGGCUGCCGGCACCUUCCUGGCCAUAGAGUUCACCACUUUGGCCGACUAUUUGCAUCUGCUGCAGGCUGCAGCCCAGGCGCUCAAUCCGCUAGGCUCUUCUGCGAUGUUUUACCUGGCUGCGGCCGUGUCAGAUUUCUAUGUUCCUGUGUCUGAAAUGCCUGAACACAAGAUCCAGUCAUCUGGGGGCCCACUGCAGAUAACAAUGAAGAUGGUGCCAAAAAUGCUUUCACCUUUGGUUAAAGACUGGGCUCCCAAAGCAUUUAUAAUUUCCUUUAAGUUGGAGACUGACCCCUCCAUUGUAAUUGAUCGUGCACGGAAUGCUUUGGAAAUUUAUCGACAUCAAGUGGUGGUGGCUAACAUCCUUGAUUCACGACGGACCUUUGUGGUUAUUAUAACCAAAGAGUCAGAAACCAAGUUAUUGUUAUCAGAGGAAGAAGUAGGAAAAGGCAUAGAGAUAGAAGAGAAGAUAGUGGAUGAUCUUCAGUCUCGACAUACCGCUUUUAUACAUGACAAAAACUGAAGUAAAAAGCCUUUAUUUAUAAGAUCAAAAAUUGUUCAGUGGACCAGGGCUCUUACAGAUGGUGAGAACUAGAAUAAAUCCUUUGCUUUCAUAAAGACAGAAAAUGAAGGUGAAAAGCGGUGAGUGGUGUGCAGACAAAUAUUGCUUGGUGUUUGUCUUUUAAAGGUCUUUUAAUACUCAUAAAACAUGAAAACAAAGGUAAAGCAGUUAUGACCAAACCACCUGACACACUCACCUGAAUGUUAUUUUGAUUUUGAAAAUGAUUCAAGUUGUUUCUCACCUUAAAAAAAAGAAAAAAGAAAAAAGCUUAUUGGGAAUUAUAUUCCUCAAAAUAUACAUGUGGGGCCUGAAUACCAAUCUUCUUCAUACUGUAAAAGGGAUUAUGGAUGCAUGAAUGGCCAUGCUUUGAAGAGUAAAUAUUUGUUCAUGCCUACUAUGUGAUAGGCCCCGAGGAUUUUGAGGAUUCAAAAGAUGAAUAAACAUGUCUAGUUUGGGAAAUGGAUAUAUAAAAAAUUAAGUACAAUAAAGUGUGUGCCCCAAA